AUGAGUUGCAAAGAAUCUGCAAACGCAUGGGGAUCUGUCGACGAUACCAACUUGAAGAAGGAUGAGCCUCAUGAUUACAUAACCUUCUACACAGUUACCCCGGUCGAAGAAGUCUACUUCGGCCAGUCGUCCAAGAAGAAUAGGGAGAUGACCCUCGCCCAGUACCAGGCAGCGCUGGAGCGCGUUGAGGACGCCAAGAUCUACCCAGCAUGUCCCGCGGGUAUCGAUCUGACGAUUGCGCCUGAGAACCUGGACCACAGUUGUGCGUAUAUCGAGCGACCCGGCCUGUGUACAAAUUCCAAAAUGCCACACCCGGAUAUCGUCAACUACCACGGCUGCCGCGUGAGACGGGGACGGAUCACGGCGAUUGUCCUGGAGCAGCUAAAUUGCACUCCGACGCAGUACGCUUCAGCGCCUGCGUUCCAGACUCUCGACAAGGUCCGGUUCUUCGAGGCCCUCGAAUCUGCCGUGUACUACCUCCACUCGUUGGGCCCAGCCCACAACGACAUCGACCCGGACAAUAUCAUGGUCAUGGACGGUAUACCGGUCCUGAUAGACUUCGGCUCCCUUGCGGCCUAUGGAGAGCGAGAGCGCCUGCAGUCGCUCGGAACCCCGAAUAAGCACGACGCAGUCUCCCUGGGAAAGCUUCAGAGGCGGCUUCAGGACCCGCGGUGA